AGCACCAUGUCAGUGUGACAACUGAUCUGGUGAACGAUGCACCACUAACCACCAUGGAAACAAGGGGAAGUAAAAGGAGCUAGCAGCGUUUCUCUUUCCUGGAUGGCAAGCAUCCGCCAGUCUGACAGAGGCAAAGAGAGCGGCUGGCAAAAACCCGGGAUCUCAAGUGCAGGCUGCUUCUUUCCCUCAUGUUGUAGGAUAUACAGAUAGGACUAUAGAUACAUGUCUAUGCAUGCAGUGUCUAUUUGUUUAUGCUCUGUCUACACAUAUGCAUAUGCACCUUUUCACACCCAGGGAAGACUGCAACUCUGUGAUUAUCACACCUAAGGAACUAAGGAAUCCACAGUCCAGAGACACAAGAAGUCAUCCGGUACCCAGAAACUGCAUUUGCAGGGUCAUGCUGCCAUUGUUGCAGACACUAAUCAAGCAUGGGAUAUGAAAUUAUUACUCCUAAAUAAAUGAAUUGCUUAAUCUCCAAUGACCAUCUAUACAUAUUCCAUCUUCACAAAGUUUAUCAAUUUUGUCUCAUCAAGGCAAUAGUGACCUUCUGUUCUCCAAUAUGCAUGGGAUUUUUGGACAAUGCAUUUGCAGAUUUGACACUCUUUUCCAGGAAGACAAACGUUAUAUUUCUUUGGUAUUUAUCAUUUGACAAAUGCAAGCAUUUUUGUUAUCAAUCAGAUCUUACUGAACUUAACAGCAGCCGCUGUGGAAUGUUUAAAAGUCCAUUGUAUUUCUGAAGACUGAGAGCUAAGAUGAAGGACAUGCCACUCAAAAUUCAGGUGCUACUUGGCCUAGCUCUCACUGCAUUGGUACAAGCUAUAGAUAAAAAAGUGGAUUGUCCACCAUCAUGUACAUGUGAAAUAAGACCUUGGUUUACACCAAGAUCCAUUUAUAUGGAGGCUCUUACGGUGGAUUGUAAUGAUUUAGGUCUUUUUAAUUUCCCGGACAGAUUGCCUGAUGACACACAGAUCCUACUGCUGCAGACCAACAAUAUUGCAAAAAUUGAAAACUCAGUAGACUUUCCAGUGAACCUUACUGGCCUGGACUUAUCACAAAACAACUUAUCCUCAGUCACCAAUAUUAAUGUAAGAAAGAUGCCUCAGCUUCUUUCCAUCUAUCUGGAGGAAAAUAAACUUACUGAGCUGCCGGAAAAAUGCCUGUCCAGGCUGAACAAUUUACAAGAACUCUAUAUUAAUCAUAACUUCCUUUCUACCAUUUCACCAGGAGCCUUUAUUGGUCUACAUAAUCUUCUCCGACUUCAUCUCAAUUCAAAUAGAUUGCAGAUGAUCAACAGUAAGUGGUUUGAAGCUAUUCCAAAUCUAGAGAUUCUCAUGAUAGGAGAAAAUCCAAUCAUCAGAAUCAAAGAUAUGAACUUUAAGCCACUUAUCAAUCUGCGCAGUCUGGUUAUAGCUAGCAUAAAUCUCACUGAAAUACCAGAUAAUGCAUUGGUUGGCCUGGACAAUUUAGAAAGCAUCUCAUUUUACGAUAACAGAUUUGUGAAAGUGCCCCACGAGGCUCUUCAAAAGGUAAUCAACCUCAAAUUUUUGGAUCUAAAUAAGAAUCCUAUUAAUAGAAUACGAAGAGGAGAUUUCAGCAACAUGUUACAUCUAAAAGAGUUGGGGAUAAAUAAUAUGCCUGAAUUGAUUUCUAUAGAUAGCCUUGCUAUUGAUAAUUUACCAGAUCUAAGAAAAAUAGAAGCUACUAACAACCCUAGAUUAUCAUACAUACAUCCAAAUGCAUUCUACAGACUUCCCAAACUUGAAUCACUCAUGCUCAACAGUAAUGCCCUCAGUGCCCUGUACCAUGGAACCAUUGAGUCCCUGCCUAACCUCAAAGAAAUCAGCAUACACAGCAAUCCCAUCAGAUGUGACUGUGUUAUCCGCUGGAUCAAUAUGAAUAAAACCAACAUUCGAUUGAUGGAGCCUGAUUCACUACUUUGUGUGGACCCUCCUGAAUUUCAGGGUCAGAAUGUUCGACAAGUACAUUUCAGGGAAAUGAUGGAAAUUUGUCUCCCUCUGAUUGCCCCAGAAAGUUUUCCUUCUAAUCUAGAUUUAGAAGCUGGGAGCUAUGUCUCAUUACACUGUAGAGCUACAGCAGAGCCAGAGCCUGAAAUCUACUGGAUCACACCAUCAGGCCACAAGCUCUUGCCUAAUACUUUUUCUGACAAAUUUUAUGUCCAUUCUGAAGGUACAUUAGACAUAAGUGACAUAACUCCAAAGGAAGGUGGUUUAUACACUUGCAUAGCAACUAACCUGGUUGGUGCUGACUUAAAGUCAAUUAUGAUCAAAGUUGAUGGUUCUUUCCCCCAGGAUAGUAAUGGCUCUUUGAAUAUUAAGAUAAAAGAUGUUCAGUCUAAUUCAGUUCUGGUAUCUUGGAAAGCAAAUUCAAAAAUUCUUAAAUCUAGUGUUAAAUGGACUGCUUUUGUUAAAACUGAAAAUUCUCAUGCUGCCCAAAGUGCUCGAAUACCAUCUGAUAUCAAGGUAUAUAAUCUCACACAUCUGAAUCCGUCAACUGAAUAUAAAAUUUGUAUUGAUAUCCCCACUAUCUACCAGCAAAAUAAAAAACAAUGUAUUAAUGUCACCACAAAAGGACUGGAUCUUGACCUAAAAGGUUAUGAAAAGAAUAAUAUAACAGCAUUCAUUGCCUGCCUAGGAGGUCUUCUGGGGGUAAUCAGUGUGAUAUGUCUUUUCAGCUGCAUCUCUCAGGAGAUGAACUGUGAUGCUGGACACAGCUAUGUACGGAAUUACCUACAGAAGCCAACACUUGCAUUGAGUGAGCUUUAUCCUCCUCUAAUCAGCCUUUGGGAUGCAAGAAAAGAGAAGAGCACAGCACUUGAAGUAAAAGCAACUGUUAUAGGUGUGCCAACAAAUAUGUCUUAAGAAUGGUGGUUAAAAAAUAAAAACUUACUUUCUUUGAAGAAAAGCACAAGACUAUAGUUGUGCUAAAUAAAAGGGACAAAAAUAUUAUUCUUUAGAAAGAAGUCUAGACUUCAUCAGUGCUGCUUCUGACAAUGGAAACAUGUAUGAGUUCAGCAUUAAAAGAAAGUAUUUUAAUUAACUGGCUUCAAAGGGUACUGUGUCAACCAAAUAAAACAACUUCAUUUUCUAGAACUUUCAUUUGACUUUUCUGUCUGGAAUACAGCUCAAGUGAACAAGAACAUUUUCUGUAUUUUUUUUAAGUAUGUAAGAGUAGUUGAACUGAGCAAUACCUCCUCCUGUGUUGCGUUACACAUAUUAGCCACGAGUUUUUGCAGUGACCAGAUAAACUUGAAUUGGCACGUGGUAUAGCAAAAUGGACAAAUUAUGUAGAGUAGACACAGUGAGUAUGUGAAACUUUUUUAUGAGGAAAAAUACAUUUUGGAUUAAAAUCAAUUGCUUUUGUCUUGUUUUGUUUCUAAAUAAAAACAAUUUCUGAGAGAUA